AUGCUGAAGCUAAAUGAAAUCUUGAAUCUAAGUGAUUCGCUGAGUGAAGAGAGUUCUGCUCCAAGUUCAUUAAGUUUGGACAGGAAAGGUACUGGUAGUACUGAUAGCGAGAAUGACUUAACCAGUAAAAAGGCUAAAGACGUUAACAUUGAAGAACUUAAAAAAGAACCAAAGGAAGGUUUAGCUGAAAAAGUUAAGGAAGAAAUCGAAGAAGAUUUAGAAAAGAGGAAUGCCGAAAUCCCUGAUCAUUUACCUCGAUCUAAGGUUAAUAAGAAAUUAAUCAGUAAGAAAUUGGUCCAAAUUGCUAUUAGAAGAAAAUCAUUAUCCAAAGAUGCUAUGUCAAAUAUGCCUCAUAAUUCAAAAUUACAUAUUAAAUCAUUGGAAGCAGGCUUAAGAGUUAAAUUAACUUUAGCUCCCAGUUUAGUCCAUUUGUACAAUAGUCUUACACCUCAUACAAACAGGCAAAGAAAAUUAUUUGUUUUCAAUUCCAAUGAUGAACAAGCUAAUGUAAUUCAUAAUGAUAAUUAUUUGAAUGAGGUUUAUCUUACAACCAAACCUGUUCAAUUGAUUGAUAACAAUUUGGUUAAUUUAUCGGUGUUCUCCAAUAAAUUAUUAAAAACUAUCAAGAACGGAAAGGCUCAUGUCAAAUUACCAACUUUCAAUUCCUUGAAUACCGCUGUUAAAUCCUUGUUUAAUGUUAAUGAAUUCUCUUUAGUUAGAAUCUCAAGAUCAACCACCGUUGAUUCUGAUGGUUCUCAGUUAUUGAAAUUUGAAACUGCCAAACCAGGGGAAUUCCAUUUAAUCGAUGACAAUGAAUAUUUGGAUGAAUAUUUACAUUCCAUUGGAAAACCGGGUGAAACACCUUCAAACUUAUUCAUUAAGAAAAUUAUUGCUAGACCAAGAUAUAAGAGUGAUAUGAAAAUUUAUUUAAUUCCUAAAGAUUGUAACGCUUCAUUAUAUGUUGACAAAAGGAUGUUUGAAAGAGACUUGAUCAAUGGUGUUAUUGAUACACCUUUCUAUAAGAACAUAUAUUGUACUUUCGAAUUUGAUGAGGCUUUGAACCAAUUUCAUGAAUUGGUAAAAUUGUCUGAACAAGCGGAAAACAAAGAUCAAACACCUUUGCCUCAACAAUCUAAUGAAUAUUAUGGUUCGAAUCCCCAAAUGCAAAGACCGAAUUAUUUCAAUCAAAGUAAUCAAAUGAUGCCUAUUUUAUCCUCCCAUCCAAGUUAUACAAAUUAUCAAGCAUUGCAACAAUUGAGAGCUGGUGGUAGUCAAAUGCAUCAAAUGCCUUACUUAACUCACCAAUUAUCAGCAGGUCCAAGAUUACCCCAAAUCUCACCUAUCCAAUCCAGUUCUUCAUCAACACCAGUAAGUUCUUCCAAUUCCGGAUUAAUUCCUAAAAUAUCUGACGCUUUCCCUCCUUCAGCUAUGCAAAAACCGGAACCAAACUCCGGUUAUAGUUCAAAUUCUAUUCCUCACUUUGAGAAUCAAGAUAUUAAAAAAAGAGACUCAAGUCCACUUAAUGAUUUAUGA